AUGAACUGGAAGCGAGAAGUAGAGGGAUGCUCGUCGGGGGACGUCUCCCAAGUCGCGCUUGGCUUUCUACGUACCGACGGUGCCUUCGUCGCUUGGACUGGCGAGUCUACAGAAAAGUGGUGUAAGUGCGCUGAGGAGCGGACAGAGUCGGAUUCUGAACGCCAAGAGGCCACAGCACGAAACGUCGCGAGAAACGGCGCCAAGAGCUGCAGCUGA